AUGGUGAUCAUUAUGAAGGCCAUCUGUGCCACCUCCACCGCACAGAGCCAGGGUUCCUUCAAACUCUCCGACGUCUUCCUGCAGUUUUUGUCCUGGUGUGGCUAUGCUUUCUCGCCUGCCAGUAUUAUAUUUGGUCCCUGGUUUGGUUAUCGCGACUACCUCGAAACCCUUCGUUUUCCCUAUCAGCCGCAGUCUUCCCCAGUCCCUCCAAGAGCUUAUAGGGUUCUCCGCGGUCACUGGACUUCCCUCUCAGUGAGUCGUCUUCCUCUCUUCUAUUUCAUAUUUUCUCUCGAGUCUCUUCUCCCCAAGUGA